AUGUUAUUAUCCAGAUCAGAUAAGCAAGUAAACUCUUUACAUGUUUUCAAAUGUUUCUCUCAUAGACCUGAAAGAAAAUCUGAACAGCCAAUGUGCGAAGAGCAUGAAGAUGAGAAAAUUAAUAUCUAUUGUUUAAACUGUGAAAUGCCUACAUGCUCUCUGUGCAAAGUUUUUGGUGCUCAUAAAGACUGUCAAGUAGCUCCUCUCACAAACGUUUACCAACGACAAAAGACCGAACUCAGUGAUGGCAUUGCAGUGUUAGUAGGAAGCAACGACAGAGUACAAGGAAUAGUUAGUCAGCUGGAAGAGGCCUGCAGGACACUCGAGGCUACACAAGAAGGCACUGAGGAAACAGUAGGUUGGAUAGUCCAGAUGACUAAUAGCAAGGACACGAGUAGACAGCAGGAGAGAAACUGAAAAGGAGUCACAAAGUAAGAUGCAGGCAGAAAAUUGAAGGAGUAAGGAAGCAGAGGUGAAGAAAAACAGUACAGACAACAGUAGCUCCAGGUGCAAUGCUAUGGCAAAAGAGCUAAUGCAACUCUUGAAUUAUAGUGAAGUAUAAGGUAAAUACAGGGGAGUAGUGAGAAGAAUUAAGAAGGUGAUUUUACCCCUACGCUACCUUUACUGAGCUACUUUGUCCAUUUCUGUGGUCCACGUUUUAACAGAUGCUUAAAGACCAGGGAACUUCCAGAGAACAGCCACAAAAAUGAUUUGAGGAUUAGAAAAAAUGCCUUAUACUGAAAGCUCAAUUUGUUUACUUUAUCAAGAGGAUUAAGUAAAUUAGUUACAAUAUUAAAUACCUUCCACAGGAGAAAAUACCAGCUCCUGUAGAAAUCUUUAGUCUAGCAGAGAAAAGCAUAGCAAGAACUGAUGGCUAGAAGCUGAAACCAAAUUAAUUCAGACAGGAAAUAAAGCACAGAUGUUUAACAGUGAUUAUACACUGGAACAAAUUACUAAGAAAAUCAGUGAAUUCUUUAUUAUUAUCUUCAAGUCAAGACUGCAAAUCUGCCUGGAAUAUAUGGCUUAAUCAAACAUAUUUUGGGCCUCAGUGUAAUGAUAACUGGGGAUCCUGGUUUUCUCUAAAAAAAAAUCACAAAUUCUCUGAUAAAAAUAGCAAAUUCUCUGAUAAAAACACCAAAAUCUGCAAUUACAGUGACAUACCACUAUGUAUAUAGGUAUCAAUUGAACGCAAUGUUUUACUGAUAUAUUUACAAUUCCAAAGCAAAUUGGAAGUCUA